AUGAGUCUUGCACGGUUUCUUCGACUUCUAUCGCGACGAAAAGAGAUCGACAAUGAUCUUUCGAACUCUCCGCUUCGCCGAUGCCUUAAUAUAUUUGAUUUAACUUCUAUUGGAGUUGGCGCGACCGUAGGAGCAGGAUUGUAUGUCGUUACAGGGCAGAUCGCCAGAGAUGUCGCCGGACCAGCCAUCGUGUUGUCCUUCUUCAUUGCUGGAGUGGCGGCUUUCCUUUCCGGGAUUUGCUACGCGGAGUUCGGUUGUCGGAUCACCAAAGCGGGCUCUGCGUACGUCUACAUUUACUCUUCUCUGGGAGAAAUAUGGGCCUUCAUUAUUGGCUGGAACAUGAUUUUAGAAUAUGUGAUCGGAACGGCUUCACUUGGCAGAGCAAGCAGUGAGUACAUUGACUCCAUUGUUGGCGGAGCUAUUCGAAAGUUUAUCAUCGACAACAUCGGGCAGUUUCAAGCCUCCGGUUUGGGUUCAUAUCCUGACUUCCUGGCGUUUAUUCUCGUUCUGUUAGUCUCCAUGCUUGUCGCUACCGGAGCAAAGCACUCGGCUGUAUUCAACAAGGUAGUGACUACCAUAAACAUGUUGGUGAUCGUCUUCGUGAUUGUUAUAGGCUUGUUCCAUGUCAACCCCAGCAACUGGGCCGGGGCUAACCAGUUUCUCCCAUACGGUGUAUCAGGAGUUCUAGCCGGUGCUGCCAGCUGUUUCUACUGCUUCGUCGGCUUUGAUGUGAUAGCGACGGCAAGCGAAGAAACGAUUAAUCCAAAGAGAGCCCUUCCUUUGGCGAUCAUGUUAUGUCUCAUCAUCAGUUUUCUGGCGUACUUCGGCGUGGCUUCCAUUUUAACUCUGAUGGUGUCCUACGAUAAGCUGGACAAGUUCGCACCGUUGCCAGAAGCUUUCAAGUUAGCAGGUGUUUCAUGGGCUAAGUACGUGAUAGCCGUCGGCGGGCUGUGUGCCUUGGCGGGAUCUCUUAUGAGCGGGAUCUUUGCUGUUCCCCGUAUAAUGUAUUCCAUGGCAAGUGACGGGCUUCUCUUCAAGUUUUUCUCCAGGAUUUAUGAGCGUACAAAUGUCCCCGUCAUCUCGAUCGCUUUUGCAGGUGUGUUGUCAGCAACCCUGGCGCUGUUUCUGGACCUACAGCAACUUGUUGAAAUGCUGUCGAUCGGUACUUUACUGGCCUACACUCUCGUCUCACUCUCGGUUCUCAUUCUGAGGUUCCAGCCAGGCGUUCAAGACGUCGAGUACGAUGAAGAGACCUCGAGCUCGGUACGAAGCUACAGAGUUAUAUGUUGCCAGAGUAUGCUCCCUGAGUCCAAAGAAGCUGAAUACAAACCCCUGGAAAGUGUCACAAACGACAAGAAACCAGACAUCGAGGAUGAGGAAGGACCAACCGACACUACAAGUCAAAUCGCCGCGGCCGCUGUUGCUCUAAUAGUCGUAGGACUAACCGGCUUCUGUGCUCUACUCAUCGCGGGCUGGGACGCGCUUGGAGACCGAGAUGCCUGGGCAAUAUUCACAGCGGUUCUUCUCGGGUUUCUCAUCAUUUUUGGUGUGGUAGUGAUGCAGCUACAACCAAAGAACAAUGCCAAAUUUCCUUUCACUGUUCCGUGUAUUCCUGUGUUACCUAUCGCUAGUGUUAUCGUCAACCUGUUCCUUCUUCUAAAGCUAGCGAAAUGGACUUGGGUACGAUUCGGAGUCUGGAUGGUCAUAGGUAAGGCACUGUUAUAUUUUCCUGUUUACAAUUUGUUUGUUUUCUGUUCAAAAAUAUUUAUAUUAUUAUUUUUUCGUUUUUUAAUUUACCAUGAUAAAUACCUAUGUCGACGCGUAUUUUAUUUCUUUUAGUCAGUGAAAGAGCAACAACCGUACACUUUUCGAGCAUUUCUUUUGAAUCCUUAGCAGUAGGUUCAGUUAACCUCAGUCCGAAAUAAAAUGUAUUCCUUCGCCUAUCACUUCAUUAUCAGCAACAAGUUAUCAGUAGUGCCAAUGAGUCAUAGAUACAGUAAAGUAGGCAGGGGAAUUAAUCUUAUCCUAGUUUUGUGUUUUAUUCCGGAAUAUUCAAGGACGUUGUCUAAAAACUUUCAAAAACAUUGAAGAACUGUGUGUAACUUCGUAAAUACGAUUUGUCCUCGAGAAAUACAGUCUUUUGACUGACCAUAUGCUGGCUUGAAAGAUACAUUUAUUAUUCAUAAAAACUGAGACGGAAGAUGCGUUACAUGAAUACUGAUUACAUGCUCAGCGUUGCGUAUAAUUACUGCGGAAUUGUUGCGUUGUACAUUUAGAUACCUCUAUUUUAAGCACUUUUAAAACGGGUUAGUUUAUAAUACUUAGCGAGAGAAUAAAAUUUACUUGUGGGGUCAGAUAUUAAAUUGAAUAAUUCAGUUUGUUCGAGGCGACUGUGACUAAGAAAGUAGAGAAGGUAGCAGACCCUCUCGAAUGAACAGCAUUAACUUCAUUCUUUAUAAUAUUAUGAAAUAUCGAUCUCGAAAUAAAUUCGAUCAGGCGGCUAAUUUUCGGUUAGUUUUCUACGUCUUUUGGUCGCUAUUCCUGUUUUCCUUUUUUUUUUUAAAUAUUCCUCUCACUAGUAAGGGUGGGAAGAGUAAACGGAAUAAUUUAUUUCCAUCAUCUGGAGUUAAUUAUACAGUGUUUUUAUGCGCCGGUAAAAGCACACUCAUACUUUGUAACAGUGUUUAGUAGGUAAAUUAACUAAUUACGGAAAAAUCCUUACAGUAAAAGCCGGAAAAACCAAAACUACCCUGAAAAUACUCAUGCUUAUAUGAUUUCGAAAAGAAAAUGCUAGUUCAACCUGUUUUUGCUGAGAGCUACAAAAUUCAGUUUUCAGAAAUAAAAACGAAUUAAUAAUACAAAAAUCAACAUUUACGUUUUUUAUUUGUCUCGAUGCGUAGCUUGUAAUUAGUUUAAAUUCUAACGCGGGGUGAAAUAUCUCUUUGUGAUUGCCAGCUGUAUACCACGUUACUCCCCCGGGUUGACGCAUUUCCUUUGAAACCAUGGAAGCAACUUACGUGGACUUAAUUCAGCGAUAGAGGACUUUCUUAAUGGAAUAAUUACGCUUUUGUCUUUCCUUUGAAAUGUGUGAAUUUUCAUUUGCCGCAAAAAAAAUUCUCUUUAUGUAAAAAAAGAGGAAGACUCGGAGGGCAUAACAAGCUAUCUUAGUAAAUUUUGCGUUUCUUUCUUUCUUUCUUUCUUUCUUUCUUUUUAAAGUCACGGUUUUCUUUUUCGUCCAUUCGAAAAAGCUCUCUCUACAAAUCAUGUUCAAGUAAGCAAUUCUCGCCAAUUGGCGUUCUUCCGUUGUAAACUAAAAGCUAAAACUAGUUUUCAAAUUUGUAGUCUGGUGCUAAUAAAAUCUUUCUGAUCAUUGGAACGACGACUAAGGAUUUUUAUAUUUGUCUUCCUUUGCUUUCCACAUCUAAUCAAUAAGGUUGGAUGAGUUUAAGUUAGAAAAGCUUCUUUUAUAUUUCCAUGGCCAGUUUAGAUUGAACCGUCCUUCCGCGUGUUUUAUAUUUUCUUGCCAACCAAUAUGGCUUAAUAUUCGCCCGUGCGCUAAAGUGAGAUAUUUUAAGUUUUCCUUUUAUUUUUAUUAUACAUUGAUCGUCAGCAGGACAGGUGUUUUUAAACAAGGAUUUGGCAUCAACAUCACGCGCGUUCCACUCGCGUGUGCAUCGCGUAACUACUUGAUUUAAAAUUAUAAGAACAAUUUUCCGACUAUUACAGCCUUUUACUGCCUCUGUUGCCUUUUUUUACUAGAUACGUAAAGAAACUACAUCUUUUAGUCCGUUUAAUUUUCACUCCCAGUUGGAACUGUAAAUUAAAAGGCAUGUUUUCAGUCCUGCUAAGACUUAUUCACCUCCUAGAUUUUCAGCAAGUUGCCCAUACGACCGUGUUAAAGGUACAUAAAAAAACGUGAAAAACGUGUCGCUUUUAGUCAUUACUUUAGCGGUGGUUUUCUGGAACACUUUUUAUGUUAUUAUAUUGCAUUUAUAUCGUUCACUUGUGUGGUCGAAAGCUCUUUUUAAGGAAAGUAUUCUUUUUUUAGCUGAAUCACGUUCUGUCCCACAAUUUGGACCACACAGAUUUGUUUUUUGGAAAGGAAAUUCUGGCGAUAAUAUUGUUUAGCGAAUCUUUUUCUUCCGAUACUGAGCCGGAAAAAAUGAAGUAUCUCACAUGAAAUGAAGUCCCAAAAAAUGUUAUUUUUUUGGCCUUUUGUGCCCUGCAUCUGACCGACUGUGCUAAUUACUUUAUUCUUUAUUUUGACUCCUGUAUGUGGUGUGUUUAAAUAAUAUACUUGGUUUAAAUUUAGUUUAAGAUCUGUUUUAGCCCUUUCGGUGCGAAAAAAUAGAAUCCUAUUUUUUUUAUCUAAUUUGGAUCCCUUAAUCAGCGCCAAUACAGUCCAAUUACCUAGGGCUGUUUGGACCCAAGGGCUGAAAUGGGCCCCAGUGUGGUCUGGAAUAGCUUUGAUGGGGCUGUUUUGGCUUAAAUGGUGCUCAAAUGGCUCCAGGAGCGGCUGAAUCAGACUUUGGCCGGCAGGGCUGAAUUGGCACCUUGGGUCUUAAACAGAUUUUUUUACGUUCCAUUGUGCGAAAAGAAAAGGGAUCGAAAAUUUGAAGGGCGGGUAAAGGUUUCUGUGGAGAGUCUGGAUAAAAUUAAAAUUUAGAACUAAAACAGAUAGCCUCUUCAGAAUAGUUGGAAGACAAAAAACAUCUAACUUGAGCGGCUAUAAAUCAUGAUCUUGCGUCCCGCCCACGCUAAACAUCCAAUCGAAAACGUAACGGGGGUUUCGAAAACACUCCAAAAAAUCUUUGUUUGCGUUUUAGACAGCUUGGUGUCAUCAAUCAAAACCCAUUCGAGAAGGCUGAUAUGGACGCAGAGCUUUCGUUAGGUUUUGACAACACAAACAUCUGAGUUUCUUGAAACGCAUUAGUGUUGAUGCUGUUUAUGUUUCACCAUUGUCAUCCGAAAGCAGCAAAGGACAGCAAGUAGCUUCAUCAAUUCAGUAGCACGAUGUUUUUUUUUUAUCAAAACUAGGACAUUUUCUGAAGUGCCAAUGUGAGAACGUCUAUAAAAAUAUUUUGCCCUGAAAGCAGUGAACCUAAACGAAUUGUGGUUAAAAGGCGUGACAUUUAAAAUGGCGACAAUUUAGAAAGUGUGUAUUAUUGUACGUUUCGUCGGUUGUUUAGAAGUAACUUUCCCGCAACAAAAAUGAGACUUCUUUUUCAUAUCAUUUAGCUUCCUCUUUUUAAUUAAUGACGUUGCGUUCAACAAAAUGAACUGGUAUUUCCGUUUUUUUUUUAAUUUGGCAGACCAAAGUGCAAGUGUUCAAGUCCAUAUGUUGCAAUAAACAAAAUUAAGCGUAAAUGUGUAGCUACGGGCCAAUACAAUGUUUUUCAUCCUUUUCUCUUGUUGUUGCUGCUGUUGUUGUUUCGUUUUUCUUCCAACUUCCUUAUGCCGAAAGAUUGUAAAGCGGGAGGGGAGGCAAGGGGAGUCAACUGGGGAAUGACAUACUGGAGUUGAAUGAAAAAAUUUUCCAUUGUAAUACUCGGAUUCGCCCCCUUUGCUCCCUUGACUCUAACCCCCCACCCCCCUCCCCCCACCCUUCUUCCUUUGUGUUUUCUUAUUCGCGUUUUCUUAUCGUCCUUCUCCGUUCUUGUUUUCUCAUAGGAUUUGUCAUCUACUUUGGUUAUGGGAUUAGACACAGCAGGGAAGGAAGCACGAAACAGGACUCAAAUGACAACGAUUUCAUCCUACAAGGCACUCCAGAUAUCGGGCAGGAUGUAAAGACAGUUCAACCCACAAACACACCAGAAGACAAGAAACCUUUGUUAUCGGGCAGCGAAGUACAGUAAAACGUGUAACGUAAAUAUUUUAACUAUCAAUUGCCUAUCCAGGCGUGACAAAUUAAUAUAACAUUUGUAAAAUGUCUUUAAAGUAAUUUAUGGGGUUCUUGACCUCGUCGAAUUUUUAUUUUUUCUCUUUUCUUUCGCUAAAGAAAGUAAAAGAAGAUUUCGUGUUAAGAAAUUGAUCACAGUCUCGUCAACUUCUUUUAAAACUGAUCGAUAUUUUUUGGAAGGCUGUAUUCUUUCAUUCUUCUUAGCGUGAUUUCCGCUGUACAGGAAGUCAGCGUCAACGGUUUAGUUCAUUUUGGAGAGAAAAUCGCUGUAACAGUUAUAAUAUUUUGCAAUGGCAAGCCUACUGGUUAUAACAGCUGGAAAAUACACAAAGAAGACGUAAAAAAGAUAAUUGUGUACGUGGUGGUUAAGUUUUAUCCUUGGUUUAAAUUUGAAACAAAGGAAAUAGAGGAUAUUAAACGGUGGUGCGAAGAUAUGAAUUUUAUUUUCGACUGGCAAAACAAUAUUUUACGAACGAGCGCAGCGAGUGAGUAAAAUAUUGUUUUUGCCACGAGAGAAUAAAAUUCAUAUCUUCAAGCCGCCGUGUAAUGUUCUUUUUAUUAUAUAGACAAAAAGACAUCGUUAAAAUAAUAGAUUUUUAUUCGCCAAAAAGUAAUUGUGACGGCUCAAAUUUACAGUAAAGCAAUAUAUUGUUUACCAUAAUCUUGAGAAAUAACACUGAGCUGAAUAGGGCUCCACAUUGACAAAAUGUAAGCAAAGCUUUGAAAAAUGUGUAAUUAAAAUUCAAAGGACGCAAGACGCCUACAAAUUUUGGAGGGAAAUUACUGAAAUUGCGUCAUCGAUAAACUCACGUGUGAGAUUAAUGAAAAUAAACCAGUCAGUCCCAGAUUUAGUUUUUAUGAAUUUUACGAGUGGUAUAUUUUCCAGUAAAACGCUCAUGUCUAUAUAAUAAAAUAAUAUAUUUAACUAAGGAUAAAAUUGAAUCAAAACACAUAUAAGCACCACACCUUUCUUAGAUUUUCCAGAAGCAAUUUUUCGCCCAAUGUAAGGUGCCUGUGGACUCCGGAAUCCAGGAAAAUUUUGCUUAUGGAAUCCGAAAUGCUGGACUUUGGAAUCCGGAAUACAGCUCAAGGAAUCCGGAAUCCCACUGACGAUUGAAAUCGGAAUCCAAGUUCUACUGACAAAAACUGGAACUGAGUACCUGGAAUCCGGAAUCCACUGUCAGUGGAAUCCACAAUCCAAGACUGUCUUGGAUUCCCUCACAUGGGUAGAAAUUUUACUUCACAAGCCGCAUCAAUCAAUCCCUGAAUUAGCUAUAUACAAGUUAAAAAUGAAGUUGACUGUGUUGUUUGAGGUAUGCUGUGUUCACUUUUAAAGUUCAAAUUCAUUUAUUAAGAAAUUUAUUCAGAGUUUUCGUUUGGAGUUUGCGCAUCGCAAGAGCGCGUGGAUUUAUUAAUGAGAUUUGAAUUGAGUUGUGCUGCAAAGUAGCCUAUUUAUUAAUAUUUUUAUAUCAUAUUUUUCAACGAUUUCGUUAGUAGUACACGCGGAUCGUUAAAAGUGACUUUUUGGUUUUGUUUACUUGGUUUACUUGGUAACUAUCCCAAUGAUAUUGCAGGGAACCGGGAAAAGAAAACGAACUCGCUUAUAACUUUAACAAAAGUAUAACAAGACAUUCCUGACGGUUCCCCUUUCAAUAUAUACUUAUUGGUAAUUUUUUUGUAAUGCAGUGUUCUGUGUUUAAAAAUACACCAUUUCCGAGUUCCAAAAACUCUCACUCUCAAAACGAGGCUAAGUGCGAAACCUCUGUUGUGAAAAUGAGUUUUAUUUGCAUCAUAAUUAAAAAUCAUUUUCAUAUCAAUAGCUUCGCACUUAGCCUCGCUUUGAAAGUGAGAUUUUUUGGAACUCGGAAAUGGCAUAUUAGAGAAAGCCUUACGUUUAGGUAUACUUCAUGUUGGCUCUCACGUGUUUCCAGAAAAUAUAAAAAAUUUUAUUUUACUACUAAGCAACAGUGACAAAUAAGCCAUUUCACUUCUGUCAGUAAGCAAAGUGAAAAGUCUCGAAAAAGAUCCAAAUUUCUUUUAGUCAAAUCCUAAGAAAUAAAUAGAACUGUGCAGUUGUUCUACUCUUCAAUGCGAAUGGUAACACCUUACGAUUUCAUCCAAUUUUCAAAAGUUAGAAUAACGGAUAAUUUCGCCAUAACUAGAAGGUCUUACUGUGAAGGUGUUAAGUCAGUUGCAAUGCGAAAUUGUUUCACAACAAAUUUCUCAGCUGGUUCUGAGAAGAUCAAUUAACGUUGAGAUCGCACCAAUAUGGAGUUUAAGCAACAAAGACGGCGACGGCUACGAAAACGUCAUUUAAUAAAACGUUUGUUCGCUUAUUCCAUCUCGUUUCAUUCGACAAAUGUCACCAUUUUUUUUUUGGUGUUGAAUUCUAAAGGACUGUAUUCACGUUCAGGAAAAGAAAAAGAAAGUUGUCGUCGAAUGUUCCCGUCCUCGACGAAACGUGACACCUUGUAGUCGUGCAACAGGUACCACUGCUAAGAAAUGUAGAAAAAAGCGUGACUGUGCACGUGCAUGGUUGUUGUUUAUCUUAUAUAAAGUUAUUGCCUUUUUGCCGUCCUCGUUGCCGUCGCAGUCGUCGUUGCUUAAGCUCCCCAAUGUCGCGUUAUUCGGCCCCUCUAUUUUCAAAGUAACAUUAGCUUAGCCACUUUUUCGUAUUUUCUUUUCUUUUCGAACGAAAGAAAACGGGGAGCACGCGUUAUAUGGCUUCGAAGGAAACAGCUGAAUCCCCAGUAAUACUCAGUUUGAAAAAAAAAAACGAACACACUACUAAUGAGGUCCUUUUUUGUUGCAUAUUUAAGUCAGCGUUCUUUUUUCGUUCUCUUUAUAUAUUUUAUCUAUGGGGCCGUUCCAUAAUGAAGUGCAUGACUGCUUUAUUUUCAAAUAAUUUUUCAGUUCAGUAGCUGAUAUCGUGCUACUGACUUAACAGUAAAUGUCACAGGAACAGUCUGACGACUCCAUCGCGAUUUAAUUUUAGUGGCAUUAUUUGAAAAAAGUAAAAUUAAAAUAUUAUUGUAUGCCCUCCUUGAUGUCGGAUUUAAGGGCAUUUGACAAAUAAAUAAACUUGAACUGAAGCAAG